UCGGUUAGCCGUUAGCUGACAGAAGCUGCCGCUGAGCCCCAGCACUGAGUGUGUGUUGAUGGUGGACUGUUCCCGGUGAAAAACACCGACCCACGGCCGCACGAAAAUGCCUCAGCGCCGCGUGUAAACGGCCGAAAGUCUCGGAGGGAGAGAGUCUGGUGUCCACACGGGUUUAGAGCCAAACGACAGCAGGAUGUUGCAAGUUUUAGCUUGUGGCGCCGUAGUUUUCCCCGGUCUGUUCUUCGCCUUCAGGAGGAUCCUGCCGUGUGUGUUCAAACACUGGAGCGAUGCCGACGUGGUACUGGUCAGCGAGAGACUGGUGUCCUCCAUCCAUGCUGCCAUGGCAACCACAGCAGGAGUCAUUGUUGUGUCAUCAUGCCGGGGAAACGUCAUUAAUGACAGGCACUGGCUGGCCACCUACUUUGUCAUCUGGUAUGGUGUCCCCUACAUGACGUACGACAUCUUCGCCAUGUACCUCAGUCACUACUACCGCUUCCGUGUCAAAGGGCACGAGGACUACAAGCAGCAUUCAUUGAGGACCGUAAACUCCUUCGUCCGCAGAGAGUUCCUGCUGGUGCUGCAUCACAUCGCCCUGCUCACCAUCCUGCUGCCCGUCACACUGUUUUUCAGAAAGGACCAGGGGGAUUUCUUCAUCGGCUGCUUGUUUCUAACAGAGCUCAGCACACCCUUUGUCUCCAUGGGGAAGAUACUUAUUCAGCUCAGCCUCCAGGACAGCUGGCUGCACAAGGCCAAUGGUGGCAUAGUACUGCUCACCUUCUUUAUGUGCCGCAUCGCCCUCUUCCCCUACAUGUACUGGAUGUAUGGCCGCCACUACGGAAUCCCCCUGUACAGCGUGCCCUUCCACCUGCCACUGUCCACCAACCUGGGCAACUCAUGCAUCCUGGCGCCGCAGGUCUACUGGUUCGUCCUGCUUUGCCGAAAGGGCUACCGUCUGUACCAGCGCAGCCGCAUGCCCGACACGUCUCCGGCGGCUGCUGUCACUGACAAUUCAAAGGAUAAUUGAUACCCACUUUCCGACUGCUCGCUCAAGCCGCACACUCAGCUACUAAUGCAGCUCAACCCCACCAUUUGUACUGUAGUACACCAGGACUGCCUGCUCUUGUUCCACAACUCCUGGGCAUUUCUCUGCACACUUUAACUCCUCCGUUACAAACCUCCUGCCUAAGUGGACCUCUCCACCACCGAUCUACUACUGAAGUUUGGUGAUUUGGGUUUUUAUUUUUUCCUUUUUUGAGGGAUUUGGCUCCUGCCUGGAUCUUGUUGAAGUGCUACACUGUGUCUGUCUACAUUUACAACACUGAAGAAAAGGUCAUGAUUGCCUCACCGCGUGUAAAAUGUGAAGCACCAGAAACUAAAGAGGAGCUUCCGUGGAGAGACAUUAUCUUAUCUCUUACUCCUACUGUGUUUACAGCUGCUGCUGAUUGGGAAGGUCUGUUACAGUGUGUGUGAGCGGCUGUUACGACAGGCUGUAAUUAAUUUAAUGGUUUUUUGCUGUAAGAGUGAUGUGUCAGAUAGCUGCUUUUCCUCUCCCAUCGCUUCACGUAUCAUAAGAAGGUUUAGGAACUGUGAUGGGGGGGGUUAUAAAUUCAGGCAGUAUUAGCAGGACAACUCUAUGAGGAAUACAGGUCACCUCAUCCACAUUUAGAAGGUAAAACAGCUACACUAUUUGCACCCAGUUAAUGUGAUAACCUCUGACUUUUCAUUUUAUUUCACACACAGCAUGUUGCAUAUCAACAAUCCCACCUUCCUAAAAGUUUUUUGACGCAUUUUUUUUUACAAGAAUGAACAUUUUCGGGACUUUGCUUUGAUAGUAACCUCAAUAGCCAUGUUUCCACAGCAGAUCUUUAUGCAUGUUUUGAAACAUUGCAUCAGAGAAAGUUAGUGAAAGCUACAAACUUCGACUUUUUUUGUGCGCCCUAUGCGUGCAUAAUGAGAGAUGUUCCCACCUUUUUCAAAUAAGUUCUUUUGAAGCAAACAUUUAACUCACGUGACUGAUUAGCUGUUUUGUGGUCUUCACCUCAGUACAGCAUGAAACAUGUCUGACAUCAGCUGACAUGAAAAAAUAAUUACAACUUUCCUAAUUCAAAGCAAUUCAUGAAGAAUUCUAUCCAUUUUUCUCCUGUAUGUGAACACAUUUUUGUUUUUUUUCAUCUUCUUUGAGGCUGCAAACAGCUGGUUUUGUUUCCUGCUUCAGCCUAUAGCACCACCUUCUGACACUACACAGUUUAUUCUCUCCAAAGCAGGUCAUGGAAACAAUUCUUUUAUUCCAGACUUUUUGUGACAUUUUAACAGCCCACUUCAAAUUCACCUGACAGUUAUAUGGAAACAUGACUAAUGUCCUGGCAAACCAAUCUUCAUUUUUUGCAGAAUUUGCAUCCGUUUGAGAAAAAUGCAAACCGCAUUGCUCUCAAAGUGAGUGAAUAAUAAUAAUAAUAAUAAUAAUAAUAAUAAUAAUAAUAAUAAUAAUAAUAAUAAUAAUAAUAAUAAUAAUAUGAAGCCAUGAUUGGAUGAAAAAUAUCCCUCUAUGACAAAAUGUAGUGCUUUUAAACUAGCUUACACCCAAGUGGAACGAUUCUCAAAGUUCUGUUUUAGAAUUCCUGCUGUGUUACUGUAUAUUGUUUGUGUAUGUGAGGGUUUCAUAAAAACAAAAUCCCUGUUUAAAUUACUUUUGUGCAUUUUGGCUACCCCUCUGACAACCAGAGGUGAUGCAGGGCAGCUUGAGAUGCCUUUGAGGGUCAAAAGUCAGUCAAAGCUGCCUCUCAGACAUACAUUUAGAGGGUGGUAUGAUAACGCAUAAUGUGGGUUUAAGGUCGGAUGGUUCCCAACUGAACUCAGGGCCAAGGUCAGAGCAAUAAGGUGAGCGGUGGCUCAGCAGAAAACACUUGAGCAGAGGAUUAAAAUUUCCGAGCAGAAAAAAAAGAGGGUGUUAUUAGGAAGUGUGAUUGCUGACAGUUUAGUUUCUCUGAAGCUCCAGCGAUCUAUAUGCACUUGUGUAGCACUUAACACACAGAGUUGUAUAUACUUUACCGUUCUUAGUGAGUUACCUCAUGUUUUACUUUCACUAGAAAGAUUGUUUUAAAACUUAAACCUACUGUAUAUCUUGACAAUGUGACGAGUGAGGACCAUUUUUGUCAUGCAUAAAGACGUUUAUCUUAAAAAGCUAUAUGAAAGAAAGUCUCAUGCUUCAGUUUUGAUUAUUUCUUUAUAUCAAAGAAUAGAUGCUGCAGGAUUAGUCUUAUACACAAUCUAACCCUUGGAGUUGAUUUAACUCCUUUAAUAAUAAUCGUAGUGAUGGCUAGGAAUGCGUCAAUGGCCUUUUUUUGUGUUCUGUUAAGUCAAUCUAUGCAAAAGAUGCUGCAAGGCAUGUGUGCAACACUAAUAUCAAUUCAUAACUAAGUGAUCCAUGGCUCACGUUAUCUGAUUUUGGGACCUGAAAUUUAUUUCUUCUAUACAUUUUGACUCCACACCCCAGAUCAUGGUUUCGUGUUGCAAUUCAGCACUUUGCUUGUUUUUUAAAAUUUCCCUCACCUCACAUUUUAGUGAAUUCAUAAUCUUGUAAUGCUGAAAAUAACAACUAAAAAUUGGUUAUUACCCAUAAUCGUUUCAGUGCACGUUUACAGCUGCAGCUCAAUUUACAAAUUGUGCUACUUUAUACCAACUUCAUAGGGCUGUUGCAACUAAUACAAAAAACUAUUUCAAUACAGGGUGGCACGGUGUUACAGUGGUUCACACUGUAGCCUUAUAGCAACAAGUUUCUGGGUUCAAACCUACUGGUAUGUCUUCUCUGGAUGCUCUGACUUCAGUCCAAAGACAUGCGGUCGGUUGCAGGUCCAGGUUUAGCUAAUGGACAGAUGCAUUGAAUGCAGCUUACGUAACCUUAAUCUUAAUUAAUUAACUAGAAUGGACAUGACUAACAGGCCUUUGUCAUCACAGCAUUUCCAAAUGGCUGCCAACAACCCUACUUUUAUUCACUUCAUUGUAUCCUUGGUUUCAAGUCCAAAACCUUUCCAUAAUUUACUUACUGAGAUGGUUUUAUUUGACCUGUUUCUUACAUUUUUUACAUUUUGCACUAAUACACCUUCCUCACUUUUGCUGAUCUGAAUUAACAGCCAGCCACAAUGUUAAAACCACUGUUCUAAUAUUGCGUAGUUCCCCCUUGUGCUGGACGGGACAAUAGCUGGAACCUCUGGGGCUGUCUGGCACCAGGGCAUUAGCAGCUGUUAACCGAUUAUUUGCCCUUGAUAAUUUAACCAAUUUUAAAAAAUAUUAACUGAUAAGGUGGAAAGCUACAUCAGACUGUAUUGUAAUUUAGCUGUUGUACCUGGUUGCACCAUCAGGUGGAGCCUCCAGCUGUUUGUCUUUUGUGACGUUAAUGCCUACAGACCAGAACAACAUAUUCAUUGUGAGCCUUGACUCACUACGACUGUGUUUCUAUAGCUGUAUCAGCAACUUAUGUCACGUGUCAGUUAUCAAAAAUAGCUACUGUGUUGUCAAUUUAUUGAUUGAUACCGCCUCCAAUCAUCAGUUAAGGAAAUAGUCAAUUGUUCUGACACAUCCUGCAGCGGCCUGUGAAAUGUUUUGAACAGUUCCUGAACAGUUUUGCAACAUUACACUGCCAGGAAAGUGCCAUCAUUUCAUCUGUCAGUGGUUUUAAUAUUGUGGCUGAUUGGUUUAGAGAAGAAUCAGAAAACAAACUUAUCUAAAAUUUUGUAAAAUAAGCUACCAUGAGCUCCAAUAUGCUAUCAGACCAAGGGGAGAGGCUGAGUGUGUCAAAUUAAGCGAGGAUGUCUUUCACUGCUUAUAGAUUCAGCGGUUAAUACCUAGAUUACUGAUGGGAUCAAAGCGACACUUCAUAUUAGACACCCUGUCUGCUGGCUCACAAGGCUCGACCCGCAGAGUUUACUGUAAAUACUUAACCCACAAUUCAAACGGUGCUUCUCUUAAAAAGAGAGCCAUGACUUGAGCGUGGGGGAAAGGUGCUGAGUUCUCUUGUUGGUCGAAGGCCUGUUUGCUGACCAGCAGCGUGAGGAGAGGCGAGCUUGCUGAAUGAUGGGCUUGUUUGUCUGGUUUGGCUGUGGCCCAGCAGAGUGCAGGCCUCUUUUAUCGCAGAUCAGGCUACCAUUACUGGAAACAUCCCGUGGUCUUUGUUCAGCUAAAUUCUCCCACUCUCUUCUUGUGAUGUCUCUAACAGCCUGUCAAACGUCUACACCUUCUCAACCAGUGUGUCACUAUAGUCAGACAUCUAAACUUAUUUAAGAUUCAGAGCAGCAGGUCAUUCCUUCUUAUGUCUUCUCCCUCCUACAUUUGAGCUCAUCUGUUUGCUCUGCAGCUUUAGAAAGUUGCAGGAAUAGUCAGCAGAUCACUGCAAGCUCUCCAUCCUCUCUGCUGCCAUCUGUUGUCAGGAUUAUCUACUGCUCGUCUACUCAGCAGUUUACAGGCCGUGCAACUGUGCAUGUCUCCUAUGCAGUCAGCUGAGAUUUACACAUCUCGGUUUCCCGCCACCGUGACCUCACCCUCCAAGAAAUGCACUGAAAAAAAGACAUAGUCUGCUUUUAUUGUUCAUAUUUUAACAAGUAAUUAUUUAAAUUUGAUCAUUUUAGCUGCAAAAAAAUAAAAAAAACAAUAAUCUGUACUCAAACAGCAUUUCGACCAGAACUUUAUUUUUGUUUUAUUUUGGGUGGAAAAGUUUUUUAAAAUAGUGUUAUUAAGAUCAUCCUAAACUCAAGCCUAUAUCGGUAGUUUGAGCUUUGUAAAAAAAUACCACAGUUUGACUUUUUCUCAAAUUAAGAUUUUCAAAAAAAAAUUUUUGCCCAGGAAUCAGAUUUUGACAACUUCACUGAACAGUUAAAUACACAGGAAUUUUACUAGCUGGACCGAUGAGGUAUUAACAGCAGUUUUAGGCUUAGCUUUGAAAUCAUGGAACAAAUAUUUAAACAUUUUUACAUUCCACCAUUUUUGAUGUUUUAUGCCCGUCAAAAAAAAUUUUUUUCUUUCUAUUUUAAAUAGUUUUGUAUUUAAGCUUGUUAUUGUUUAAUUUAAAAUACAAGUUCAAGGCAAUUUGUGUAUUUGUAAAGAUGUUUUGUCCAAAAAUUAAUUGAAAUUUAUUUUCUUUCACCCAAAUGGACUGAUACAGAUUCCUAAAAAAUACAUAAAUAAAUGAUUAAUUGUCUGAUCUGAAGUCAGCCCAGAGCUUACCGUGCUAUCCAUACUCGUUCUUUUGAGUUUCUUACCCAGGGGAAUGACAUCCACAUUACUUCCAUCGCUAGGAGUUGAUCACUGCCACAUAAAAUCAUUAGAAAAAUUGUUACGAGAGGUAAAAGACACGAGGAGUGCACAUAUCUAUAUAUCACUCACUAUAUUCUUAACAUAGGAAAUCUUAAAUUUAUCCUUUUUGCUCAGGGUUUGAUGACGUUUGAUGAAAAAUUGUUAACAUACAGUAUGCGUGUAUAGAGGUUUAUUGUAAGGUGUUGAAACUGUGAGACUGAUUCUUGAGAUGAUCACAUCUAAAAUAGUGUGCUGGUUCUUUGUGUUUUUGUUUUUUUUUUUCUUUUAGAAUUUUCCUCUAUUUAUGCUUCCUGACAUGGCUUGUGAUACUUCAACUACUAAGGGUUGGUAAACCAAAGAUUGUCAGGCACUUUAGCUAACAAAACUAGUAAUAUGAAGACAUUUUCAUGACUUUUACCAAUUUAGACAUACUGUACAUGAUUUGUCUUAAUAGCUAAGAUACCCAACUCUCUCUGAAAAACUUACUACCCUCCGAUCUUAUCCUCUUUGUUUUGGUCCUAGAGAGUGACCAGUAUUGGGAUGUAGUGGAAAAAACACUCACGAGUUGAUUCUUCACUGUCACAUAUGUAGUUAUUUUAGCAGUUGUGUUGUGAAUCUACAUCAUCGUUACAUUUUUUGGAGUCGUUAACACUAAAAUCAUCCUCUUUCCUUUACGUAAGGAUAUAGUUUAAUCUAGUGACACCUCUUUAUUGGGAACAUGGACACCAAAAUUAAGCAGCUAGCAUUAUUUUAAGUAAAAGUGUAAUUCCAUGCCCACAUUUUAGCAUUACCUUUAUGUUAAAUUGUUGUAGAGCCCAUGCUAUGCUUAAUCCUGUACUGCUAAGUCAUACUAGCAUAGUCCUACAUUGUCUGCCUGUUGCUAGCAUUAUUUUGAGUGGAAGUUAAUUUGAUGCAAACAUUUUAGCAUAAACUUUGUGAUAUUGCUAAUUUGUUAACUUACAAUUUGCCCCUGAUUGAUUUCCAAGCUAACACUUAAUACAGUGCACAGCUGCUGUCCUAAUGAUGGGCCUACACUAUUUUAAACAUUUAUUUUGAGAAAUUUCAUUACAUGCUAACAUUUUAGCAUUUGUCAUGAAGCAAAUGUUAGUGCUUUACCCUAUACUGCUAACUCAAAGCAAGCUUCAAGCUAACAUUGAAUAUUUACAUUAACAUUAGCAUUGGCUUACUUCAGUCAGCCUCUUGCUAACAUUAUUGUGAGUGGAAAUUAAUUCCAUGCCAACGUUUUAGCAUUUACUUUGUGUUAAAUUGCUGCAGUCUAGGCUAAUGUGUCAUCUUAGCUUUAACAAGCUUCAAGCUAACACUAAGGUUUCACGUGAUUAACUUAUAUGCGAACAUAGGUCUGUACUGACACUAACUGUAUUUAAAUUUUUUUGUAGACUACAUGCUAGUGCUUUAUCUUCUGUUACAGAGUCGUAAUAAUCUUCAAACUAACUGAUAAUAUCUUGCGCGGCAUCUAAAUAAAAUGUUAGCUGAACAGUAGGCUUACUGACUUAUGCAAGCUCAUGCUAUGCUAACACUUUAGCGUCAUUUUGUGUUGAAUUACUGUAAAAUCUUUGGUCACCACUUAUCUCAAACUACAUUAAGUGAUAGCAGACAAGCUGACACCUUAGCAUAGACCUUCACUCUGUAGUAGAUACUAGCUUCUUGCUAACAUUAUUUUGAGUGAAAACACACUUGUUUAGCUAGGUCUUUAGGCUAACACAAUAUCUUGAGUGGGUGCAGACUACAUGCUAACAUUUUAUCUUUUUAGUGAUGGCAAGCUCCAAAUUAACAUUUAGAGUACGUCAUGUUAUAUGUUGGGUGAUAGCUAGCAUUAUUUUCAGUAAGUGUACAGCAAUGCUAACACUUAAGCAUAUAUUGCUUUGUGUUGAGUGGCUCUACUACAUGCUAACACAUUGAUGAGAAACUAUAAACUCUAAGUCAAUACUUAUAAUAAAAGUAAUAAAAAAUAUAUAAAGCUUCCAUGUUAAUACUUCAAUAUAGGUCAUUUGUAAUAUUACGGUAUACAAAACCUAGCAUUCAAAGUUCAUGGCUAAUUUCGGUGUCUAUGUUCCUACCGUUUAAUGGGUAAACUAUGGAUUCUGGAGUUGUAAAUGGGAAUGAUGGGGUCUCUUCUGCUCCUGUUUGUAUAAUUCUCACAUAUCCAUUCAGGGUUGGUCCCUCCUGUUUGGGCAGUGCAGGAUUUGGGCUGGAGGUGGGGUAAAGUUAAAUAUUGGUUUUCAACUUAAGAUUGGGUUUAAAAAUGAUGACCUAAUGCAUUUCUAUUGUGUUGGAUGAAUAUAGUAUGUGUUGGAUUGGGAAUAACUUGGGAAUCAGCCAACAAUAUUCUGCUGUUUCCUUUUCUACGAUGUGAUCACAGCCAAUAAAAUGCAUUUUAUCAUACAGAUUUUGGAUGGGCUUGGAUUUUAAGCGCUGCAAAAACUGUUUGCUGGGGCUGAUUUUGAUCUGUGGACAGUGAACCAAACUUGGUCUCCAGUGCCUUGUGAAAAAUCUAUUUGUGAUAGCCACAAAAUUCAGUAUGAAAGAGCUAAGCUGGCAGGCAGUGUUUACAGGUUGUGGCUGUAUUUAUCGUGUUGAUUUUCAUCUUCAUAUCCUUAAAGAGAAAUCAUACUUUGGUCUUCACAGCAAUCAUCCUCCCCAAAAAAUAAAGUCUCAUAGUUUGUAAAAGUCAUAUAAUUGAAUUUAAACUAUCUGAAACAAACUGCUAUGCAUUUACUGCUAGAUUGAGAAUAGACCUUGUCAUCUGAUCCAGUUGAAAUUAAGGCCUUUAUAUUCAUAUUUUGUAGUGUUUCACAUCUUAUAGCAUUUCAUCACUAAUUAAAAUGAUUAAACAGAUCCCAUAAUAUUGUUUUUCUGAAUGAAUAUACAUCAUUUGAAGUCGAACCCUUUAAAGCGUAGAUAUAUUACGGGCUUGAAUUUGUUUGCUGUGUUUCUGUUGUUCCUGGUGGAUGUGUAUGUUUUGGAUUUUAAUCUCGACUCGCUGUCCAUAUCACUCACCGUUCCCGACUGACUUAAAUGCAGCACCUUCACAACCUUUAACACUUCCUGCCCCAUAUUAUUUUUGAUAGCAUUCUUAUUUUUCAUACAUAUAAAUAUAUAUAUAUCAGAUUUGAUGCAUCUGUCAUUUUUUGUAGCGUGACCUUUUCUGCGGAAAUUUCCUAUCUGAAAUGAGACUGAACUGUUUUAUGAAAUAAUAGGAGGAGUUAUGUACUGUAGCUGCAACUUGUGAAUUCAGAGCACCCCUUUAAAAUUCAAUAAAUUUGAUUUGAUAGAC